UCAUUAGUCUUCUGUAAUCACUCAACCAGUUGUGAAAGCGGCCUGUCAUUUAAAAUCACACUCAGGUUAAUUCCUUGGGUGGUGGGUGUGAGUGUUUUGCAUGCUGCACAGGCUCUGUGUGUGUGCGUGUGCAUGCACAAGCAAUACUGCAUUAGAGAACACGUUCUUCAGGUCAGACUCAGGCGUUUUAUUUAACAUUCCUGCCUGUCAGAAAAUACGAACAUGAAUACAAAGCGCUCAGCUGCCAGCAUAAUGUGUUAGUAGACAAUAAAAACGGAUUCCAAAGAUGUUACAAGGUUUUUCUUUUCUUCUCUUUAAUCACCCAUCUACUCAGUUUUCCCUCCCCCCUUAACUCUUUCUGUCUUUCUCCUUCGCUCUCUCUCACGCACACACACUCUGUUUGUUCGUGCCAUCUUUUGAACUUCGUACCUCUUUGGGCGUCCCGAAUUCCACGUGUUUAAUUCGGGCAUUCCUUCCCCUUCGCUCGCAGACAAAACAACAACAACAAAGAGAGAAAAUUCUCUGGACCGUGAGCUGCCCGCUUCUAAUCACUCACAGGAAAUGGGCUCCUGUACAGCAUGAGAGAAAGAGGGCAAAACAAGCUUUGGAUAUGUAUCGUGCCGUGCUUUUGAGUGCAUACUAGAGUUGAUGACUGUUUGUGGUCCGGUCAACAAAACUCGAUCACCACUUAUAGCGGAGUUCUGGCUCCUGACAUGUGGACUUGAAACUUGUCUUUGAUUUCUGAUGUGCAUAAGCUGCUUAGACAACUCCACUAUACAAAUGUGUACCCCUCCAUCAAACAAUUAUAAAGACCUCACAGUAGAGUAGUAUCAGAAGGGCAAAAUGACAGACACAACAAAUCGCCAUCUGAGACACAAGUUGCAGAGCUUAGGACGGCGUCUGGAUGAACUUGAAGAGGCCAAAGGCAAGUUACAGAAAGCUGAAGAUGAACUUCUUGACAUUCAGGACAAAAUCAUACAGGCUGAGGGGAGUAAUUCCUCAUUGCUCACAGAUGUGGAAACAAUGCGAAAGAGAUUACUCAAAAUCGAAGGUAAAGAUGAGGAGGUCAGGAAAGCAGAAGAUCUUUGUCGUGAGGUUAGGGAGAAAUUAGAUCAGGAGGAGAAACUUACUAAGGAUUUUAAAGUGGAUAUUGAGCGUCUUCAGCGCAGAAUGACUGAACUUGAGAAACUUGAAGAGGCUUUUGGUAAAAGCAAGUCAGACUGUACCCAGUUGUGCCUUAGUCUUAAUGAGGAGAAAAACCUGACUAAAAAGCUUGCAGCAGAGCUUGAUGCUUUGAAGGCUCGCGUAAAGGAAGUGGAUGCCUCUGAAGGUCGACUAGACAAGGCAGAGAAAUCUCUCACUGCAGAGAUGGAAAAGCUAAAAAGUCUCACUCAGACAUUCAUGAAUGAGCGCAAAAGGCUUCUGGAUAAGCAAAGAGAGGACGACAAAAUCAUACUCAGGUUGACUGAGAAGCUUGAACGUCAAAAAAAUAAAGUAGGCACAACAGACCACAGCCGAACUGAUUCUAGAGAUCUUCGAAUUGAGGAUGAGUUAUCAUCAGGACUUACAUGCAAACUGGCCAGGAAGAAGAGUCUUGACUACUUGAAGCAUUCAGAUGAUUUUGAUUUGAGAAAUGAGUCGGAGAACGAGAAAAAUUGCUUACAAGGUCAGGAAGAUAAUAAGGUUAAAGACCUCAGUCAGGAAGUGGAAAGACUAAAGAAUCGUUUGAAGCAGAUGGAGUUAGUGGAGGAGGACUUGAGGAACAUGGAAUCCAAGAAUACUGAACUCAUUGAGAAAUACCAGCAGGAGAGGAACCGUAGUCAAGCUCUCCAUGACCAAGUAGAGCAAAUGAGAAUGGAGCUCAAUGUUUGCAGCACUAGUAAUGGAAACUCAGCAAUUACCAGCACUACAAAGGUCCUGGAGAAUGGCAAGGCAGAAAAUGAGGAGUUUAAUGUACGGGGAGGUUUCAGACAGGAUAAACCUAAAUUUCUAAAUAGGAGUCCUGCUUCUUCCGAACAAGUCACCUCCAAAUACAAAAGCAGAGAUUCCUCUCCUCAACAGAGGCGAGAAACAAAGCUGAGGAACAAAGAUCUUUGUCACUCCAGAGAAAGUUCCCCAAAGACUGUACGUAGGACUCUUGGUCCAGCACAUAAUGUUAGAAAAGGUCAAAAGACCGGUGCUUCCAACACUUCUGACAAUGGAACAAGAGAUGGUAAGAAAGAGGAAAAAAAUGCAAGUGCCUCGUCAUGUGCUCUCAGCGAAAGCAAGAAAGUUUCAGUCCUUAGUCGCUAUCCUCCAGCUGUUAAUGACCAAAGGUCCUGGAGGCCAUCGGUCAAACAAAAUGACAAUGAUGGCAAGAAGAGUCGAGUGGAGAAGUUGUCCAAGUGCCCUGGAAGUGAUAAUGAAUCGAGCAACUCUGAUGGGACACACUUUAAUUCAGCCAGAGCCACUAUUGUUGCUUCACCUGAAAAAGGACUUACUGAACCUGAGAGUUUAGAUCAGGAUACUUCUGCUGUGUUGAGUCUCUCAAAGGCAAACGGAUCCUAUACUGCUUAUAGGUCCCAUGUAUCUCCGUCUUUCCUGACUGAUCAUGGAUCGGAUGGCCACUCCUCAGCAUCUGAAACAGAAUCUACAGGCUCAAGGAGAUCGGUUGGUGAACAAAGUGAUCCCCUGGUGUCAAGUACAAGUGGAAGAACAUCAAAGUACACUAGAUACUCACGACUACAAGAUUCUUACUCUGAUGCUUCCUCAAAGAGCCCCUUUAGUGAGGAGCAGCAGAGGCCUCUUACAAUGGAAGAGGAAGCACAGGAGACUGCACAUUCUUCCUCAGGUAUUGAGGUCCGCAGGGUAUGCAGCCCUCGUGAAUCCCUCCAGUCAAAAGCUGUCAUCAAACAAGCCAUUGUUGAGAUCGACAGGAAGGAAGUAAUGUCAGGGGGAACCACAGAGGCUUUGACCACCAGUGGGAAACCCAAGAUCUCCACUAAGCCAGUAUUGACUAGCAAAAUGACCAGCAGUAUCACUUUCUAUCCCAAUGACCCCAGCUCCUCUCGAACAAGCAGUCGGAGCAGUAGUUUAUCAAGUGAGCCCCCUUCCAAGGAAAGGCACACUUCCACCAGUAAUAUUGUCAUUGGCCCAAGCAGUGAACACAGAGGUAGCAUCUCUAUACCUUAUGAAAUAUCCAUCCCUAAGAGUGAGCUCACUCUGCGUCAAAGUGAAACUGACACCGACUUCUCUGAACCUCACAGUUACCUUGAGACUGCUCCAUUGGAGGCAACCCUUUUGUCUCAAAACAGCUUCAGCCUCCAGUCUUCUGAUGCUUCAGACUUCAACAAUGACAUUGAGUCUGGGUUUGAGAGCAGCAGUAGCAGCACAACAGUGACCAGCUGGAGAAGCCACGCUCACAACCACCUCUCAUAUGAUGACAGUUUGCCAGAAAUGAGAAACAUCACAGUCAGGAGCACUUGGAAGAGCCGUGGAGCAGCUUCUGUAGAUGAAUCUGUUCGAGCACUCAGGCAAGAUGGCUCAGAGGAUGAGAGUGAGUCUUCAACCACCUGGAGAGCAUAUAGGGCUACUACAGUGCUGGACACUCCAGCAAACUCUAGCAUAGGUGCUAACUGUGCAAAUAAACCAAGCCCAGCAGAGGUAUACAUGCGUAGGAUCAACAAUUCAGCAUCAUCUGUUCCUGAGCCAGGACGGAGAAACAAGAAGACCCCUUCACCAGAGAGGGCUAUUGCACAUGAGCCUGUCAGUGCCCAGCAACUUCAACCAAGAGUCCGGAAACAACCCCUGUCUGUAGAUGAUCGAGAUCCUGCUCUGUCCUCAUGGCGCAGGCAGCCUGCAGGUGACUUGGACCCAUACGAUAGGCCUGGGAGUCGUGGUGCCUGGUCCAGCAGAAACCGCACAGCUGAUGGAAGCCGGUCGUGGUCAAAUCGUCAUCUGGACAACUGAACCAUAUUGCCCACAUUUCCAACUCGAGUUCUUACAUCUCAAAGCGGCUCCUGUGUUCAAGGAAUGAAGAUCAUCUCAUCUCUCAAAGAACCGUCACCUGAUCAGAUUUCCAGGCCAGAGUGACCCCUGGGAACUCCAUAGUACUCCUACAUCAACCAAACCUGUAUGAAUGCACCUUCUUCCAGCCAUCACUUAGGGAACAGAAGCCACAUGAAUCCUCUUCUGCUCCUCAUCAUGUAUUAAAUUCGCCAAACGUGACAAGGGAGAGGCACAGACAUGUGACUGUCUUGAUGUUGGGAGAAUGUGAAAGGGCCUCAGGUUCUGGUAGAUGUUAGAACAUUGAGUUAUUUACAUAAGGAGCAAGUUACAGCUCGUUGGUUUCCAGCUAGUUUGACAAUCUCUCACUUUUGUUUUGUUUUGUUUUUGAUCUACGGUGUUUAUUUCAGGAAUUCGUCAGGAUUAUUGCACACAAAUGAUAUUUGCCGAUCAUCCAGGCAUAGGUGUACACAUAAUUUUCCCUCGUGUUGUUGGAGCCCAUCGAAUCAACUACAUUAUAGAGGUUUAUGUUAAGCCAAAAGUCGACAGUAUAGAUUGAUGUACAUACACCCAAUUUUUCAUCCUUAAAGCGCCUUGAGUCAAGUUUGAUCCCAUUUGUAAUUUGCUCCUUGUAUUUGAUCAUGUCUGCUAGUUUUUCUUCAUCUUUUUAUUAACUGGAUUGUAUGCUCUCACAGCCAGCAUAGCAAACGGGCCACCAACACUACAAAAUCUUGGCAAAUGUGUUUGCAUGAUGACCCUUCUCUGUCUCAGUAGCUCCAAAGGGAUGCUUACUUUGGAUUCCGAACCACCGGGAGUAAUACGAUCAUGUUGAGCUCAUCCGGAUGUGACCUCAUCCAUCUAGGUAGCUUAACCCAAAUGCUGGACAUUUUAUGGAGGAUAUCUAGAGCUGACUCCUCAGAGCCGCUCUGUGACUCUAAUCGCAAUCUUUGCACAGAAAAACAAUGAUCCAAAUCCUCGGUGUAUCACAGGAAAUCAGCAUUUGGGAUUCUGCUGGUAUAAUAAAACCCCUAGAUGGGUCCAAUUUUCACGUUUUUUUAGCCGUAGAGCUUGAGGGUGACUAGCAUGACACCACAGAGGAUCCAGAAUGCUUCAGUUAGGAAUGCUUGUGCCUGGAUAAAUGGCUUCACCAUCAAUAACAUUAGAAUGUUGGACACUUGGUUGUCAUGCGUUUAGUACUUGUUAAAGUGUUAAUGAAUAGAGCUGCUGCAGUUCAAAUGUACUGUUUCUAUUAGGUUUUAAACUCUAGUUUCACAUUCAGGCUCAGAUUUCGCUCUUGAACAUUACUCAACAGUGACUGUGUGCAUUAAUAUCGCUCUUAUCCAAUACCAUGUCACAGUUGAUGAUGAGGUAGGGUCCAUUAUUCCUCAGCCCACCAGAGGAACUCGAUCUCCAAUGCCACUGGAAUGUGAGAUGUUUUAUUUGAUCAGUUUUUUUUAAUCCAAUGCUGUAUUUGUGUCUUGUUGUUAUAGAGUUCGAUGUUCAGGUGGACAGUUUCCUGUCAUUGUAACGUCUCGCUUGGUUAUUACAGCUAGAAAAAGAUCCAUGCCACAUGAUCAUGCUCAGUUUUGUAUCGCUUUCCUACGCUCAUGUGUAGACAUUCAUCCAUCUGCCAUGGGCUGGAGGGAGUCUUUGAAACUAUUGAUCUAUCAAUUAAUCUAUUUUAAGUCACUCUAAUGAAUUUGUAAUUGCACUUAAAUCAUUAAAACACACUUCUAAAGUAAGAAAACAGACUAUAUCUUUCAGGAAAUGAUUGUGAUUUGGAUUAUGCGACAAAUGUUGUGGCUUAUCGGAAGAAGAAAAAACAUACAAAACAUCAUCAACACCCAACUUAAAACAACCCUCAUUUAGCAGCAAGCCACAAUUUGGCUUUGUACAUCACAGAUUUGGCCGUUGCUUUGUUCUGCAUGGUAAAAACAAAUGUGUGUCUAUCCAAAUGUAUAUCCCAGACUUCACCUCGACUUCCCGUGUAGGGGUCUCCUUCUGCAGCAAACAUGCUGUCUUCUGUAUGUCUUGUCCCUGCUUUCCCAGAAUACCCCAGUGCCCUGAGCUGCUGUAAUCCAAGCUGCCGGUCCCUAAAGCCAUUUUAUUGGCUGGCUAAAGCAGUGGCAGCGGGCCUGAUAUACGGCCCCCAGGCUGGUUGCAGGUUAAAGGUCAGCCAUGCAUUUGAUGGGCUCAGAACUUCUGAGGGAGGAAGUGGGAGCAGCUGGCAGCACAGGAGGAAGCAGAGUGGGUGAGCAGCCAAUGGGUGGUGUGCAAUUCACAGAGAUGGAGCCAAUGUGUGAUACUAAGAGGGUCAGCUUGGGAGGAAAGGUUUCAGCCGUUUACUUCCGUAAAUAGAGCUGAGCAUUAUGAACUGUAAAACCCUCUCUAAAAAAAUUCAACCCACUCAAAGCUUGCAAACACAAUCCUACCGCUGCUGCAUGAACCAGAUGGAUGUGAUGAUAUAGAGCAAGUCUGGACUGGAAACACCAGCAGACUCUACAUCUCCCCUCCCAACCCCCCGGCCAGGCAAAGGUCUCUUGGCUGCUCUGAGACUUCAACCGCAGCUGUCGGAAACCCUUGUUUUUAUGUGCUCACAAGACAGUCCAGAGUUUGAGAAGGAGUCUUCUUAAAGAGACUGACUGAAACCGCAUUUCGCAUGGAAUUCUUCCUCGUUUCUCAAGCCUAUUUACUAACGUGUCAGUGUGCCGUUCGCUCUCAGAAGUCAUCCAACACAUGUCUCUGAUUUUCAUUCCUCCGCUUCUGUCUUUAGCUCUCUGUGGAAAUAAUCGGCGUGAUAUUUGGUUACACAUCUGAGAAUGGAUCAAAGGUUAUGUAGUUUCACUUAUUGUUCAUUUAAAAGAACCAAUGGAAUCGAAUUUACAUCAAGGUUUUCCCCUCUCUACUUUAGUGCGCAUUUCAGGUAGACGGAACUUAACCUAGCUAUGGUGCCAGUCGGUUAGCAUUACUACUAGCUGGUGUUGACUCGGAAUGGUUUUUAAUCAUUUUUAGUGACGAUUUUCUAAGCCUUACAGAGGAAAGAAGUUGUAAUUAUUUUAUAAAAGUCAUUUCUAAGCAAUAAAGUAAUAUUGAAUGUACAGAAAAUAGCAAUUUAAAGGCUUUGCUGUGUUAUGCCUGCACUGUGAGCCGGCAUUGACCCUGAAGGCCAAAAAUACGUCACGUGUAAUGAAAUAACACACUUCAGAAUCUGCACUUAACCAGCACUUAACUUAAAUCACUCUUUUACCCUUUUCCUCUACAUUUAUGGAUUUGAUUUUCUAAAAAAGCCCCCUUUUUAUUGUUUUGCCCCUGUUAAGUGAAUGUACAGCCAUCAAAGAUGUGUAUAUAUAUUUGUGUGUGUGUGUGUGUAUGUGUGUAUGUGCGCUGGCCAGAAUGACAGAGUAAGUUUGCCUGCAGCAUCUGUGAGACAGCUCUUGUAUUUUUCUGGGUUGAGAAGUAGACUGUCCACCAUAUUUGUAUACUGCGGGGUGUUUUAAUUUAGUUUGUGUCAUUAUUCUUUUUUCUUUAAGGCCAAGUGUGCUCUGUUUUAUUUGACACAUAAUGUGCCAAAAAUCAUUCCAGUGUAUUUUUGUAGUUUACAAAGAAACAAAUGGCUUCUUAAAAGCAUUAUUGAAAUUUAAAGGGUAAAUAUUUCUGUUGUCAAGCUUUUCCUUUAUUUUUUGCCUUUUUGUCAAACUACAAUCGGAUCAGUUUUUAUUUAAAAGUAUCUUGUAAUUUUGUAAAGUGGGCCAUGUUUAAGAUCUGUUAAGAUUUUGUUCCCUUUUUUGUUUACUGUGUAGAUGUGUACCUUAUCGGGCUCCUGGAGAGUGUGUUUUCUUUCUUUUUUGAUUUAUUAUUUUCAAUCUUUUGUUUAUUCAUCAUUUGUAUGAAUUAUUAAAGACAGUAAACUCAGUAAAAGUGGUAAAUCACCAACUUUUCAAACAUUAACUAUGCUUUUUUUCUUUCAGACUAAGGGAAAUGUUUAGGUAAAGCUAUUCUUUCUUUCUUUUUAAUGCAUACAUUGAGCCAGGGGCUCAGUAUGGUUCAGUUCUGUACUGUUCUCAUCUUUUAUUAACCGCUCAGACUGUGGGUUUCCCUUCUGUUCAUUCAGGGUUCAUUCAUCUCCUGUGCCGUAUUAAAAGCGCUGCCAAAGACAGAUUUCAGGCCUUAAACACACAGGCACAAACAUGCUGUAACACACACUAACUGAAUUGAAAUUCACUGAUACCUGCUUGUAUAUCUCUCCAAACACACUCCACAUAUAACUACAGGCCUGAGUAGUUCAAGAAGGGAGACAGAAGUUGAGAGCAUAAUUGUGGUGUUUCUCUGAUAAAGCAGUGUUUGUAAAUGGCUAUAGAGUGAACCUGCGGUGAGGACACAGGUGAACGUGCUCAUUGUAUUCAGCCUUUCAGUGUCAGCAAUAACACACACGCACACACUCUCUGUAUUUCAGUCUUACACCUUUGUACUGUAAUAUUUGUGCAUGUUUCAGCUUAAUGUUUCAGCACUGUGCAUGGAGCUACACAUCUCUUUAGGCUGAACUGCAGGCUAUAUGUAUUCCAGCUAAUAUAAUAAAAGCAAAUUGUUUGUAA